UUAUAUUCGCUUCCGGUUUCAAGCCCAACUUGUUCCAGCAUCCUUCGGGGAUAAAGACAACAUCUUGAAUGUCAGAAGAUUUGGCAAAGAACCUUCACCAGGCAAUCAAAGACAACAAUUUGAAAGCUGUUGAUCUCAUUUUACAAAAUGAAGUACAGAAAGAAGACCCUAAUUUCACAGUGGACCACAAGUCAGCCUUAGGUGCUGCUGCUGAGUUUGGGAACUGUGCUAUAGCAGAAUUAUUGAUUAAACAAGGAUGUGACAUCAAUGUCGGGGCAGCCAUCUUGAAAUCCCCUGUAUUCUUAGCGGCAAGAUGUGGACACCUGGAUCUUGUCAAAUUCCUUAUCGAGUCUGGAGCAGAUAUUUCACUUAGAAAUGCUGCUGGUAACACACCAUUCCACGAGGCCUGUUUGAAUGGUCACCUGGACAUUGUGCAGUACCUACUAGGUCAGCCAGGCUGUGAUGUGAAUGAUCGCACCAAUGGAAAGGAGACAGCCCUACAUAUGGCCUCCUUAAAGGGCCAUUUGGAUAUUGCAAAGGAGUUGUUGAGAGCUGGGGCAGACAUGUUUGCUGUGAAGGGUGGUGUAGGACCCAGUGCUAUACAUCUAGCCACAGCCAGUGAUAGUGCUGAGAUUGUGGAUCUGCUGAUACGGUCCGGAGUGGACGUGGACACUGCUAUACAAGGGAAUGAUCGGACAGCAAUCCACAUAGCCAGUAUCAGCGGUUCUUUGAAGUCUGCUAAGGUCCUUAUCUCUCAUAAUUGUGAUGUAAACAAAAUAAGCAUGGAAAAUGAAGAAAUGAAGAGUCCGCUUUUAAAAGCUGUUGAACUCAACAAGACAGAGAUCGCUUUUCUGCUGAUGGAUGCUGGGGCGGAUCUUGAUCAUGGUGACCACUAUGGAGCCACACCCCUUAUAAUGGCCACUCACCACCACUUCCUGGAUCUCGUCUACUUGCUUGUACAGGCAGGAUGUAACGUCAACAAGAAAACAAAGAAUGGAUUAACUCCCUUUAGAACUGCUCUUCAACCUUACCCUCAGGUCUGGAUGAUGACCCUGUUGAUAGUUACAGGUGCAGUUGUUUCAGACUCUGAAUUAUCAAUUUUGAAAGAGAUGACAACCCAAAAAUGUUACUUUAGUGCUGGUGAUAUGCUAAACUUAGUAAUGCUCGCUCGCAAUCCGCUAAAUCUGAAGAAUUGCUGUCGUAUUGUUAUCCGUUCUGCAAUAAAGAAACCUGUGUGGGCCUCAACAAGUGCACUACCCUUACCUUCUACGUUGAUAGACUUUUUACAUCUGGAGGAUUUACGACGCAGAACUUAAUGUUGUAAUUUGGACAUGUCAAUUAAUUGAUAUCUGCUCUGUGAACUCCACAUACUUUGAAUCAUAUAUUUUUGUAGGGAUUAAAUUUUUAGGUUUUCCAAAAAUAUACAUUUUCAUGUUAAAUCUUGAAAACAGAAUUUGCUAACACUUUAAUCCAUUUCAACUGUUUAUCUUUUUGUGGACAUAAAGUCAUGGAUUUAGAAAGUACACUUAUAGAUCUCUCACAAAAAUACAUAAUUUUGCAGUAUUGUAUGUGAUAAGAUUGGAAAUAUCUAACAUAUGGUAUUGGUAUUGACAAUGCAGUGAUCUGAAAUAUGAUAUCAAAAUUUCUUCUGACAAUUAAGUCAAGGAAACAUUUUUAUUUUUGUGUUUUCUUAUGGAAACUUAAUCUGCAGAAGAAAUCUAUAUACUUAGAUGAGUUUUAUCGUUAGCUUUUAAAAGGAGACUUCAUUUUGUUUAGGAAAGGAAAUAUUUAUUUCAAAUCAUUUGCAGAUUAAUCUAUUACUGUGCUGUCUAUAUUGCUUAAAAUGGGUUUAAACAGAGAACAGAAUAAUAAUGUUUUAAAGGAUAGAGGAGUAUGUUUAAGAAUGAAAGCUGCCAGAAACACAUUUUUGCAUUCAAGCUAUAUCUGAUAUUUAUAAGUACCGGUAAUAUUUAUUCAUUUGAAAAACUACCUUGUGUGGUAGACUUUCACUGACAUUUUGUGCUAUUGCUUCAUAACAUGAAGUAGAAUCCCAUGUCAAUCUUCCACUGAAACAAAAAAAAGACUACUGAUACUUUCAGAAAUAAUCUCUCUUUUUGUGUCAUGAAGACUUGAAACUUUAUGAAAUCAGAGCUUGUACUUAGUUUUAGAAACAGAAACUAACUUUUGCUCUUUGGAUAUUUCUCUUGAUAUUAUGUAACAAAAUAAUGUAUAACUAUAGAAAUUAUGAGUAAAGGUUGCCUUACUAGCCUUGUCUAGUGAAAAUUUCCUUUUUGGUAGAUUAAGAAAUUGUCUGGCUAGAGAUCAAAAGGUUGAUAUUUCAAAUUCCUGCGAUGGCAGUGUGUUCCAUUUCUCCUUCCUAAUACAGAUUUGGUGCUACGACCAGGACUUAUGUUGUAUAACAUGUCGUGUCUCUUGUGGUGUGUAAUUUAUUUGUUGAUUGUUAAUUUCAUAUAUACAAAGCAUUCAUGCAGAUACAAUAAACCCUACCUAAACCAUA